CUGUUCCAAGAAUGAGGGUGGGGGGAGAAAAAAACUGGUUGGUCCUGCAUUACCUGGGGGAGGGGACCACGUGACGUGUGCACCUGACGGGCCGUACACACCUGAGCGCGAGAGUGUUUGGAUGCAGUCGCGCGCGUCGGUGUCGUUCUUCAUUUUUGUUCUGCUCAUCCGGUCCGAUUCUUCUUCAGGUUGACCUUUCUGAACGCCAACAUGCCAAAGCACAGCCACACCCACAGUGGCAGCAAACAUAAACACAGGCAUAGCGAGGUCACGUCCAAUCCAGUCUACCCUUACCAUCAAGGGGAGCACAUGCUGCACUACUACAAGUGGACCUCACCCCCUGGAGUGAUAAAGAUUUUAAGCAUCAUCAUCAUCAUUUUGUGCGUGGCUGUGUUCGCCUGCGUGGCCUCCACUUUGGCAUGGGACUACGACAUGAGCCUCAUGGGAGGCGGAGCUGGCUUAAUCCCAGGUUAUGGUAGCUCGUACGGUGGCUCGUACAGUGGGUCGUAUGGCGGUUCCUACGGUGGGUCCUAUGGCGGGUACGGAACCGGUGUGGCCGGUGGUUCCUAUGGCUAUGGAGGAAUGCAAGUGGAUCCCAAAACUGGCAAAGGUUUCAUCAUCGGCAUCUCUGCCAUCGCCUUCAUCGCUGUGCUCAUCAUUUUUGUCAUCGUUAUUUCAAGACAAAGCACCUCUCGCUCACCCCAGUUCUACCUGGCCGCCAUCAUCAUAAGCGCCAUCUUGGCCUUCUUGAUGCUCAUCGCCACCAUUGUUUACAUUGUGGCUGUGAACCCAUCGGCACAAUCCUCCGGUUCGAUGAUGUACAACCAGGUGUACCAGAUGUGUGCGCAGUACCAGACCCAGACCCAGGCCCAGGGCAUCUUCAUAAACCAGUACCUCUACCAUUACUGUGUGGUGGAGCCUCAGGAGGCUGUAGCCAUCGUCCUGGGCUUCCUGAUCUUCAUCGGCCUCAUCAUUCUACUGGUGUUUGCUGUUCGGACUCGCGCCCAGAUCCGGUACUGGGGCAUAGACCGAGUUCUCUGGGAGGAGCCGAAGAAGACUGGUUUCCAUCACAGCAUUGGAGAGUGGAUCAACAACGUGUCUGAGGGUCCACAAGUGCUAGUCGAUGCCCCCAAUGACCGGGUUGGGGGUUUCAGAGACCGCCCCUAUCAGAUGGACCACACUAAACCUCUGUACCUGCCUGGGGACUCGGACAUCAGCAGCUCUGUGGGGGGGCUGAAGUCCCGGUUUAAGGACUACGACCCUGGAAUGGAUUCUGGAGAUGAGCUGGAAGAAGAGGACUUUAGUGUAUUGUUUCCAAAGAUUCUGGAUGAGCAGGAGCGCCUGACCUACAAGCGGGAGUUUGACCAGGACCAUCUGGAGUACAAGAACUUGCAGGCCGAACUGGAGGAAAUCAACAGGGACCUGGCAGACCUGGACAGAGAACUGGACCGGCUCCCCGAGAACAGCCCUCAGUUUCUGGAUGCCAUGAGUGAACACACCAGACUACGGAACCUGAAGAAGACCCCCCAGUACCAGAUGAAGAAAAAGCGCUGCAGGUUCUUGCGCUCCAAACUGUCCCACAUCAAGAAGCAGAUCGGCGAGUACGACUCCCGGCCCUGAGCAGCACGACACGAGUGUUUCAGGUCUUCAGGUGGAUCUCCUGAGGAGAGAUGAACAUCUGACAUGAAAUAUUGCUUUUUAUUCCACUAUAUAAGCGUUCCUUUUAAGUGACUUUUAAUGUAGAUUUUGUUUUUUAUAUCAAAGUUUCUUUUUCAAGCCCAGAGAGGGCUGUUGAUGUAACGUGAACUUCUGUGGCUGCUUUGUCCCACACCUGCAGGAAGCUUGUUUCAACUGUUGUAAAUGCUGUAAAUGACGAUUUCACUCAGGAAAAAUUAAAACUGAUCUCUGCA